AUGUUGUCGUCUGUUGCUAGAAGAUCAUCAAAUACUUUAUAUAGAUGCUAUGCUUCAUCAAGUUUGAUUCAAUCAUUGAAUCAACCAAAUCAAACAAAAGCAUCAUUAGAUAAAGUAUUUUCACAGAUUUCAGCAGAUACAGAAUCACAGGUUUACGAUGGUUUGAUUCAACAAUACAGUAAGCUCAAUCUCGAACGUUCAUGCAUCUCUGUUGUCAGUCUUUCCAACGUCAACAAUAUUACACUCUCUGACCAAUCAUACAAAAUCAUUCAAGAUCAAUGGGAAGAUAAAAACGUAAAGGAAGAAGACGAUCAAGACUACUCCUCUUUGAACUACAUUCACAAAGAAUACUUGGCAUACAGAGAAUCAUUGACCAGAAGACCAUGGUUAAAGAAAUAA